CUAUUUUAUUUACAAUUGCUGCAUCUUUAGCUGCUGUGAAAGGUGACUUCUUUCCUAGAUGCUUCACUAUUCCUGCUUAUUCUAGGAGACACUUGGAGACACUUCUUGAUACUCUUCUGGAGCAGCUGAGUUGGUGAAUUGCAAAAAUGCCAGCCAGGAGUGAGAUGCAGCUUGAAAAGUUAAUUGAUGAAGCUGCAGGAAAAAAAGAUUUCCAAUCCUUAGAACAAUUUCUGGCCACGGAAGAAUGUGAAAAUGUCUCUCACAAAUGCAGCAAAAACUUUGUCAACAAAUUGGAUAAGCUUCUGUGUUGGGCACUUGACAAACAAGAAGUCCAAAGCAUUUCUACUUUACUAAAUGCUAUUCAGAAAUGUGGGAAGAAAAUGAGCAUAGCAGGAGAAGAUGGACUCACAGCAAUGAUGAAACGCGGCCUUGUUGGAAGGAUGGUCAAUUGGUUUGAAAAGUUAAAAGGAAUUUUGGUCCUCAGAGGAAAUGAAAAGAAUGAAAUGAUUACAACUCUGGCUGAGGAUUUCUUCAUCACGUUGCUGGUUGUGUGUGAUAGCAGACCUGAAGGUAAAAUGCAGAUACUAGAAAACUUCCUUCUGAGAACAUGUUCCCUCAUUACUGAUGCAAGAAUUAAUAUUUAUGUUCAGCAGGAGGUAAUAAAAAAACUGAAUUUAUUGCUUGACCACAUCCCUCAAGAUUCCAAGAAAAAUAUUCUUUCUACAAAGGAGAUGUUGCUUGUCAUGAGUGAAAUGGGGAGGACAAUUUUGGAUUCUGGAGACUAUGACACACAAGUGGCCAUCACAGAGGCUCUGUGCAGGAUGGUGUCAGAGAGGCAAAGGAGAGCUCUGGCCUCCCAGUGGUUCCCCAUGGAGUUCGUGUCCACUGCAUUUAAAGGAAUUAAAGACUCAGAGUUUGAGACAGAUUGCAGAAAAUUUCUCAACCAGGUGAAUGGCAUGCUUGGAGACAAAAGAAGGGUUUUUACAUUCCCAUGUUUAUCAGCAGCUCUUGAUGAGUAUGAGCUCCAGAUACCAUCAGAUGAAAACCUGGAAGAGUUUUGGGUUGAUUUCAACAUUGGCAGCAGGAGCAUUUCCUUCUAUGUGGCAGCAGAGGAUGCAGACCAGCAGUGGGAAACAGUCAUUAUACAAGAAGAAGAUGUCAACAUGUACAGCCUGGAAGAAAACAAUUCAAAGAAAUUAUUAACAAUAGAUCUAAAAAGCCCAAUGAGUGUGGGCGCUCUUGAAGGAGAGAAAUUCCUUUUCUCUUUUGAUUCUAUCUUGGAAAUCAAAGAUGUGACCAUAAAGAUUUAUGGAUUUCAUAAAUGCAAGGAUUUCAGCAAGAAGCAGUCCACAUCAGUAGUCAAAACAAGUGUCCACAUUGUGUUUGAUGAAAGUGGAUCACAGGUAAUGGUACCAGAAAGUCAGUUGUCACCAGGAUUCAAAGAAAAGUCUGGAGAGGAGAAGGAGAAACUCAGUAAAUACAAAGCUCAGCAAUCUCCUGGAAAUUUGAGGAAUCAGAGUAAAAGUAACAGUCAAGAAAAACUCCAAGGUGAUUCCUCCAAGGUAACUCCAUCCCGUAAAAGGAAAGUGUCUGAAGCAUCUAUGCAAGUUCCUAGAACUGCAAGUGUGUCCACAAGGAGUUCCUCUUUUUUUAUCAGCACAUCCACUCCUUUUAAAGGGAGGUAUAAAUUGCCUUUGGAAAUGACCAGCUCUGCUAACAGGUCUGACAAUGGAACAAUAAAUGAGAGCAGAACAAAGAGUUUCUAUGAGGAGCCUCCUGCACAAAUCCGUUCUGAAGCAGUCAUAAAAAUGGUGCCAGAGGCCACAGAAAAGAAAGCUUUAGAUGAAGUGUUAGAUAUUGUUCCUGAUUCUCAGCCAGCUGGAAGAAGCCACAAACCUUUGUUGCCUGGUCUUUUGGAGACUUCUUUUGAUAAAACUGAAACGUGGAAAAAAAGAACAUUCCCUCUUGCUGAGAAGAAUGGAACAGCUGGGGACAAGCAAAAGGCAAAUCUGUCCCUGGCACGGGCAUCCCACCCAGCCAGAGUGUGUGACACAUCUUUCCAUUCUGACCUUGCACAAGAGGACCCUGAUGCUCUCCUCAGAAAAGAGACUGCAAACCCAAAACAGUCCAAGACAAAACCAAAGUCUAAAGAAAUGGCAGAUGCAGCCAAAUCACUGAUCAGUAAAAUCAGUGACAGAUACAGAGACAAGAGUGAGGAGAAGAGCAAAGCAAGAGAUUCCCUGGGCUUUAACAGGACACUCUUAAACAAAUCCAGGUUCUCCAAGGAAGAAGUUCAGGACAGGACCCUAAAAUCUGCUUCUUUUCUUAAUAUAACUGCUGGUCAUGAUCUGGAUGAUGUCUACAACUUUAACAUCAGCGGGUUUAAUGAGCCUACAAUCAAGCUUGGAAGCCAAGAAUUGCGUGUGCCUGAGCUGAGUGUUGACACAGAGGCAAACAGGAGAGGGAGCACAGCCAUCAACAAAUCCAGCACAGAAGGGAAGGCAGGAAAGAAGACCAGAAACAAUCGAGACAAGAAGCAUCUCUUCAGUGACUCAGACACAGAAAACAGAGGGGAUGACAGCAAGACAGAGAUUAGCUGGCUGCAGGAAUCCAAGAGGAAACCUAAAGCCCAGAUAAUUGAUUACAGUAGAAGUAAAAAACCAGGGAAACCAAUGACCACAGACAAAACAGCAAAAAAAUCCUUGGAACCUGCUUUCCACAUGGAAAAAGCUAAAGGCAAAAAUGCAAAUAAGAAAAAGAUAAACAAAUGUAAACCCCAGAAUUCAAAACUGGAUGAAAUGAUGGUAAAAUCCACCAGAGAAAAACUCCCUCGAAGAGCAGCAGCAACAAAAAAUUACAAAGAGCCUUCCAGUUCUGAGUCUGAGCCUGAAGAAAGGAUUCCAACAUGCACCUCCAGGGAGGAGAAAUCCAAAAUUCAGAAGCACCUGAGUGGGCCAACCAAGGAAUCCAAGCAGCCAAAGGUGCUGCAGGCUGUGCCUGUGGAGCCCAAGAGAGUGGAGAGCUCUGUGCAGAGAGCCCUGGCUGAGUGCAGGAGCUCUGCAGGGCAGAGGCAGCUGGAGAUGCCCUCAGCUGACAGCCCUGCCUCCCUGGAGACAAUGAGAUGUGCUGAGAGGGUGUCAGGAGGUGCCAGCCCAGAGCCCAGCUCCAGUGAGAGGUCCCUUGGUCUGCAGGAGUCGUCACCAGGAGACAGGGAAAUGCUGAACUCUGAGAAAGGAUCCUCUCCCACUAAUUUCUGUCCACAAAACAAGAGUAUGCAAAGCCUGGCUGUAACUGAAUCCCCUGAGACAACAAAGUUGGCAUUUGGGAGGAAAAGCUUCUCACCAGUUUUCUCAGCUGAAGCAUCGUUGCUCAGCUUAACCACAUAUAAAACUGUCAGUGGCAAAAACUCCAAGGGAGCUGCAGCAGAAAUCUGUAAUAAUAAUGAAGAUUCAAGUUUCCACUGUCACAUUUCAGACACAUUUUCUGUUAAAGGAAAGCUUCAGGAUAUCACUAAGCCUAUCCCCAAGAAUAAGGAAGAGCUCAGCUUAACAGCCUAUAAAGCUGACAGUGGAAAACACACAAAGGGAGCUGUGCUGGAAACAGGGAAUAACAGUGAGGAUUCCAGUCCCCAGUCUUGCUUUUCAGACAUUUCUGCUAAAGGCAAGCUCCAGGAUGCCACCAAACCUCUCCCUAAGAGUAAAGAGGAUUGUGUAGCACCAUCCCCAUUGUCUGCUUCCAGCAGGAGUACAGUACAGUCUUGGGUUAGAGAACCUUAUUGCCCCAUGAAUGAGUCAGGACCAAGCCUACCAACAUUGCACAAACGAACUUACCCCAGUGCCACAGAGGGCAGCUCUGAUGAGGCAGAAACAAGCAAAGAGGAGGAAAAGAAAGGAAGGAGAAGAAUUAGUUUACAGCCCAAAAAAUUAUUUAAAACAGAUGAUGCUGCUACUUGCAGAGUGUCUGAAAGUGUCUCCACUCAAUCUGCAAAUGACCUGUCUGGUUUGGAUGCAGAAUUCUGGAAGCCUGAUUGCUCAGCCAUCAGCAUCUGUCAGCAGCUCCAGAAGGAACUUGCCAAGAAAAUUGAGAACCGCUCCAGGAAAAUGGACAAUUUUAAUAAGCAAACACUGAGAGCUGCCCAUCAGCAUUUGGCCACCAUGAGUUACCAACUCCAUGAAUGCAGGAUCAGGCAGCUGGACAAAUUUCAUUUUACUCUCACUGAGGAGCUUGAGAAGUUUGAAAAGGACUCUCAGUCCCUGAAAAUCAUGGAAAAAGAAUUCUCGACCUUUUGGAAAAAGCAUUCCCACACUUUUAGUAUGUACAUGAAAAAUGAGCAGCAGAGAAUUCAGAUUCUUAAAAGUUCAUUUGAAAAGAAUAUCUACCAUUCUGUUGACUGUGAAGAAAAUGUUUUUACUUCAGAGAUGCAUCUGCUGAAAGAAGACAUAAAAGGACUCCAAGAGAAAUUUCUAAAAGAAAUGCAAGAAGAGGAGCUGUGUAACGUUCGCAGGGGAUUGCAGACCUUGUUUCAAUCAAAGGCAGAAUUCUGAAGUGAUUUUUCAGAUUCUUUCCUGAAAUUCAAGGUGAAUAUAAACACUUUUGUAAUGGAAAACAUGGUAACUUUUUCUUUUUUUUGUCACACUCAAAGACACUACUGUAAUGAAAGCAUAUUUUCCUUAAUAAUAUUGAAAUCUGUGUGGAUAAGAACUUACCCACUCACCUGUGAGAUUUGGAAUUAUUUUACUGAGUCUGCUAAAAUGUAAUAUGCCAUUUUAUUUUUAGCAAAUGCUACUUCUAAAUACUUCUUUAACAAUUUUUAUAGGUUACUUAACUGACUUGCAGAGAAAUCACUUUGAAUUUCACUUUGAAUCAAUGUUUUGAUCCAGAAUACAAGCCAGGAAUUAUUUAGGGACCAAACCACCUGGUUUGAUUUCAGUCCUGUUUGUCUGUGGUGUUAGACUUCAGCAGGAUUUUCUGAGAGAACACUCUCAACACUUCUGUUGGAACUGUAUUGCAAAUAGUUCUAUUAAACAAGAAAAACAGAUGCUGUCUGUUGGGUUUUUUACUCAUUAUCAUUGUUAUUUUGCUUUAAAUCAGUAAGAAAUCAGAUAAAGCUGCUGUGCAAAUAUUUUGGGUAAGAAUUUUAAAGCCACAAGGCUGUUUUGUCUCUCUGGAAAUAAUUACACUGAAAUUUCCAGUAAAUUAUUUGGUUCACUCAUCCCAUUUACAUCAGUGUACAAAUGUUUUCUGAGCUUCUGGUUUUUGUGUGGUUUGGGGUUUUUUUGGGCCUGUGCUCACUGUGAUCUCCACUAGAUGGACUCCUUGAGAUGUUAAACUUUUCUUUCCACUGCUCUGAUUGAAUUUCAUCUGAAUGAAACAGGACUUGUCUCUGAACUGUACAAGGUUUAAAAGUGCACUCACUGCAAGGCCCAAAUUCUUUCUUACAAUGAGGCCACGUGGGAAAAAUAAGAACUAAAAACUCAACUUGUUUUUAGUUAUGGACAGGAGUUGUGCACUGCAGGCCUGUUUCCCUUUCCCACUGGGAGGAAGGACAGCCCCCCUGAGCAGAAUGUGCCCUGUGAGGUGGGAUCCCAAAUUCCAGCAGGAAUCCAGGGCAGCUCCCCAGAGCAGGCAGUGCUGAGGGCUCGGUGCCUCUGGAGCUGUCCCAGCCUGGGCCCCCCCAGGAGCAUGGAGAGGAUGGAGCCCCUCAGAGCCAGCCCAGGCUUCAGGUACAGCAGUGACACAGCUCAGGGGCACUGUUUGGCAUUUAAACCUGCUCUAAGUUAGACUUGCUAUAAUUUUAUUAUGUUUUUCAACAUAAUUUCAAUGUGUUUUGUAUCAUAUUUCUUGGCAGUGGAAGUGUGCAUCCCUGCUGAACAGGACAUACUGUACAUGGGUUAUUAGCCAAGUUUAGUUUGUAGUUAACAGUGGCUCAUCUCAAACUGAAAAUGCUUCUUCUGCUGAAGAAACGUUGCUCUCCUUUCUCUUUAGCCUUUUUGUAUAUUGCACCUGGACUAUCACUGUUUUCUUGUUAAUUACUCCUGUAUUAUUAAUAAUAAAAUUAUAGAUGUAUGUUAAAAGGCUAGUUAUGAUGUUACAUAUUUCUGUGAAAAGCCAGCAAGUUCAAAAAUUCCAAUAAAGAGGAAAAAACACAUCUUUGGAUCAAGUGAUGGGGUCAUUCAGCUCAGUCAAGUGAGACAAACAUUAAAUGUUGGCACCAGCUCUGCCAGGAGUGCUGGGUUCCCUGUCCCAGUGCACUGACACAGACUCUGUGUGGCACUGGGUGUCCUUACCUUCCCUCCUGCCACUUUGUCCAGGAGCAGCUCCAGUUCCUGAGGUUCCAUCCCCAGCUGGGACAGAGCUCUCACUCUGUGGGGCUCUUCCCCACCUCACAGCAAGUCACUAGUAGUCUAUACAAGCACUUUGACAAACUGCAUUUUAUUAUUGUCACACUUCAUGGAGAUCAUCUCAAUGAAGCUACAGGACCAAGAAUGCCUUUUUCAAGUUUUUAACAUUUCAUGACUCCCUAGAAUGGCAGCACUUCAGUCUUGUGAGUGGAUUCACCAUUUUUUCCUGUCUCUCCACACGUGAUUCCCAGCUAUCAAUGUGUUAUUUUUCUCACAAUUAUUUUUUAGUAGCAUUGAGUAAAUCCUCAGGUGCUUCUCCAUGUCAGGAAUUACUGAAAUGUCUGGCUUUACAUUUUUCUCAACCAGUUCUAUUUGCUUUGUUAUUAGCAUUUAGUAACUUUUUUCUUCUUACUGUCAAGAAAGCAUUAAAGCCAUUUGUUUGCUAAACAUCAAAGUACAUUGUUAUAUUUCUGCCUCUGGUUGUCCAGUUUAGUAAUUUGGAAUAACAGUGAAGCAAAUUGUCAUUUUUAGAGUGUCAGAGCCUCAACUGGUGCAGUGACAACCAGUUUAUGCUAUUCCACCAGAUGGAAAACCUUAGUUGAGAUCAUCCUUUUGCAGACCCUGUGUUGAUGAAGAAGUCAAAUGGUUUGGUGCAUAAUAAUUAUAAUCUCUUCCCAAUUAUCCCUGGGAAAAAAAAGAGCUUUAGGAAACAUGUUCAUUUCCUGCAAUAAGUAGUCAUUUAAUUAAAGAACAAAAGUAACAGGAAUCAAAAAUGCUUGCAGCUGUGAUUCUGUUAGACAGUAUAUAAAAAAGAAUGAAAUUAUAAUACAUUAAAUUAGUUUUUAGAACAUGAACUUAGGUGUUUUACAAACUAAUUGUGGUAAGUUCAAAAUGUCUUGUCAACGUAAUACUGGAUGACAGAGCGUCACGUCCAUUUAUGUCAGAGGCCUUGGAAUGGUAAAGCCUGUACAUGCACAACAUCUCCUUUGCCAAGGCAGCCUGCACACCAGUUCCACCC